UUUUCAUGAAUGCAUUUUGAAUUUGUAUAGUUUUGACAGGAGCAAAGUAUUUUAAGUUAUUAAUGUUUAAGUUUGUUUAUUCUGGAAUAAUAUUCCUGUCUGAUUUUAAUUCAUAUUUGUGUUAAAAAAAACGUCAAGUUGUAGUGUAUUCAAUAAAUGUUUAUCCUGUUCGGCCCGCGACCAAAGGUGUGGUUUGAGUUUUGGCCCUCUGUACAAUUGAGUUUGACACCCCUGUUCCAGACUAUCCAUAUACCUCAAGCCAACCAUUAAAUUUAAAGGACUUCAAUGGAAUUUCCGCCUCCCAGUGCACAGUGCGGAGCACUGCACUUCCUUAUAUGGUUAUUGUCCGACGUCCUCCCGGUUCCCCCUCCCCCUGCGAGCUGAAGCGGUGGAUCAUUUCAGGAAUCAGGAUGCAGUCAGUCAGUGUGCGUACCCGUCAAGCACCGGCAGGACGGGCCCAGCCCGGAGGUUCUGGCCGGAGCUUCCAGCGUUACAUAUUCCCGCUGACAUGGACUAACAUCAGCUCACAGCUUCAAGCCCAGGCACCCCCCCUCUCGCUCCCCUCCACCCUGCAUUGGCCAGGUGGUGUCAUGGCAUCCCGGCUCCUGGGUCGUCUGAAACGCUCGUUGUUUAAAGAUGGUGACGGGUCGGGACCUGAAGAGGAAGCAGGAGGUGUUCAGGAGGAGCAGGAUGGCUGGGAGGCUGAGCUGGAAGAGGAGGAGGAGUGUGUGAGCGAUCGGCUUGAGGGGACGCUGUGCUUUGACAGCGGAGGAGGUGGAGGAGCAGGAGCAGCACAGGAUGGAGACGAAUGCGAGGGGUCAGGGCUGGACAGUGACUCUGACUUCCUGGGAGAGUCGAUGGAGGAGGGGCUCAGCAGCACAGUUUGCUCUUGGAGUGUAAAAUAUGCCGCCCUGCUGCCAGCAGACCUGCCCAUGUUUGCAGCUGGAACACCUCCUCAGUCAUGUGAACACGCUCACGGCUACAUCGAGUUGACUUAUGGAGCUGUUAACCUCCUUCAUGCGACUGUGCUUGUUGGGCCUGUGAAGCCAGAUGAUGAAAAGACAUCCAGGGUGUGUUGAAGUCAAACAGCCACUCCUGCAGAGAGCGAGGGCCAGGCCUACGUCUCUGUUCUCCACUAAGUUGUCCAAUACGGCAGCAACUUGUAAAUUAUGGCCACAAUUCAAAGGCAGCUCCAAAAGUAAUGGAGGCAGCAUAUCACUACAAAACCUGUUCACCAUACUGCUUGCUGUGCUUAUCUUUGGAUGGAACUGAAGCUACUGUUCCCUCAGUGGAUUUAAACAAAGCUGUGGACGUGAAAAAUGGUAAUUAAGUCAGACGGUACAGAUGAAGACCAGACGAUCUGAUGACUUACAUACCACAUGUGAUAAUAUAACACAUGAGAAGCAGCAGGUCUUGCUCCUCUAUAGCAGCUGCAGGACUGCAGGAAGGGAGGAUAAAACUGUUUGAUUUCUGAAGGGAGUUUGGUGAAGCAGCCUUUAGAAGAGGGGAAAGUGAGGCAGGGCCGUGAGUGUUGCUACGCGAUUACAAGAUCAAACAUUGAUUGAUUUGACGGCCGAAACGUCUGCGGCUCACUGAUGGGAGCUUCGUGUCCUCAAAGUCAUCGUUUGACACUGAGACUGAGACGUUUAACCACAAGCUGCUGAAAACAGCCCACAGGGUAAGAUCCACCCACAGAGUCCACAGAGUUUAAAAACACCGUUUGAUGAAAGCACAUCAGAGCCAAGAGAUAAUGUUUGUUCAAUAUAAUAAUGAAGCCCGUCCCUGUGAUCAAAGCAAAGGGAGGUGAAGAUAAGGUAUAUAAGCACUGGAUUUCCCUCUCAAAGACACUCUGCUACCUGCUACUGCUGCAAGUGCAAACUCACCUGAUCGUCACAACAAGAUGGGUUUUAGUAUGGGGAUUCCUCUCUUCACGGCUACGGCCUGUGGAAUGUCGCUUGAACCAAUCCUCCUUUUUCUUUUCCCCCUCUGCACUGGGGAAUACUGAUGGGAGCACAUGCAUCCGACACAUCUACAGGGAGAGAUGAUGGCAGCCAUAGCGACUGUGAUGGGAAGGCCUCCUCUUUCUGUGCCAGGCACCUGUGAAGAUCCCCACCAGGUGCUGACACACGUGCCAUCAGGAUCCCCACUGAUGAUGUCACUUCCAGCAGUAUGACAUCACUGCUGGCAAAUCUAUUGACAGUUCUGAUGAAAUUUCAGCACAAUCAAUAAACAGAUGCAAACUCCCCAAUAAUCUGUCUGGCCUCUUAAUGUGACGUCUCAUCCAAUGAAGCUCAACAGAUCUCUGAAACAGCUGAACAUUUGCAUUCACAAGCGAUGAUGAAGUGAAGUUCACCAUUUUGUCAGAUACAUGCACUGAAUCGAAACAUUAAUACAUGAGGUCAGCAACACUUUAAAAAAAUAUUCGUUUGCAAAUGAUUGCAUUCUGUUUUAAAUUUUAACUCCUUUGGAUGUGGAGUUGUAAUAAAUGCAUGAUCUAUGUGUAUUUUUUCCAUUUAAGGAAUUGCUUGUGUCAUGGACAGAAUCAUAAAACAACGGCCUAAUUCUAAUUAGUUUUCACGAUAAUUUCAACUACAGCGUGUGUCCCUCUGAGAGAUAUUUUCUGAUUUUUCUCUAAGCGCUGGUCUUCAUUUGUAUGGCUGGACAUUUUAACAUUUCCAGGAACUAAUUUGAAACUGUAGUGGACCCCUGAAGGACCUGCUGAAUGGCAUCAGAGAGGAUUUUGCUGAGGUGUCCCCACUGGUGCAACACUUAAUGGGGUUCGGCCCUCCAUUUCAUCUGCAAUGAGGAUCUUCCAGACUAUCCAUAUACCUCAAGCCAACCAUUAAAUUUAAAGGACUUCAAUGGAAUUUCCGCCUCCCAGUGCACAGUGCGGAGCACUGCACUUCCUUAUAUGGUUAUUGUCCGACGUCCUCCCGGUUCCCCCUCCCCCUGCGAGCUGAAGCGGUGGAUCAUUUCAGGAAUCAGGAUGCAGUCAGUCAGCUGUGUACGUACCCGUCAAGCACCGGCAGGACGGGCCCAGCCCGGAGGUUCUGGCCGGAGCUUCCAGCGUUACAUAUUCCCGCUGACAUGGACUAACAUCAGCUCACAGCUUCAAGCCCAGGCACCCCCCCCCCUCGCUCCCCUCCACCCUGCAUUGGCCAGGCGGUGUCAUGGCAUCCCGGCUCCUGGGUCGUCUGAAACGCUCGUUGUUUAAAGAUGGUGACGGGUCAGGACCUGAAGAGGAAGCAGGAGGUGUUCAGGAGGAGCAGGAUGGCUGGGAGGCUGAGCUGGAGGAGGAGGAGGAGUGUGUGAGCGAUCGGCUUGGGGGGACGCUGUGCUUUGACAGCGGAGGAGGUGGAGGAGCAGGAGCAGCACAGGAUGGAGACGAAUGCGAGGGGUCAGGGCUGGACAGUGACUCUGACUUCCUGGGAGAGUCGAUGGAGGAGGGGCUCAGCAGCACAGACACCAGUCCUUUGGACGUGUCCCCAGUAGCCCCGUCUCCAGCCUCCCUACUCACCCGGCAGCUUCAGGAGAGCUGGAGGAGCCUGCGUGGACUCGGUGGAGGAAGCUCAACCCCUGCUGGAAGGAGGCUGUCAGACAGCUUGUUGUUUGAGGUGACAGAUGCCAGUGUGGUGCAGGACAGCUCUUCGAAAUACGUGCUGUACACCAUCCAUGUGAUCCAGUCUGGCGGCAGUGAUAAGACGCCAGCCAUCAUCACCCGCCGAUACUCUGACUUCCAGAGGCUUCACGCCACACUGCGCCGUAACUAUGGAGACCAGAUGGAGCAUGUCUGUUUCCCUCGAAAGAAGCUGCGUAGAAACUUCACAGCUGAGACCAUCGCUAAGAGGAGUCGAGCGUUCGAACAGUAUCUGUCUCACCUGUAUUCUCUGUCCACCCUGCGGGGGGCGCUGUGUGUCCGACAGUUCUUCUACCUGACAGACCUGCAGGCUGGACAGCUGUUCAUCAGAGUUUGUCUCGUGUCGUUGAGGGUGGGACGUUACCAGGAGGCCUUGGGUCCGCUGCUCAACGCCAAGAGACUGCAACACAAACUGGGCUGGGUAAGUUACUAUGGCAGCCAGACUCAGGCCCAGCCCCCAGCCUCCUCUCAUUGGUUUUUCACCCUGGUGGGACUGGCAAGCUGUUUUCAGGAAGUGGACCAGCUGGAGGAGGCCCGGGAUCACUGUGACCACGCCCUCCGUGUUCUGACCCCCCCUGAGAUGCACACUAACACAGAGCACAAUCAGCCCUGCACGCUGAGCGAGAAGCUCGAUGAAUCGCAGCAGCGCAUCGGCAGGCCACACCCCCUCCUGUUGCCGUUGUUGCGGGCAGUGGUUCGAUUGUCAUGGCAGACAGGAAGAGACAAGCGGCAGUGGGAGGGGCUCCUGCAGCACCUGGAGGUGCAGUGGGAGGGCCUGGACAAUCAGCUGACCAUCAAAGAGUUUCUGAUCAAACAUACCCUGGAGGAGAACGAGGGGGAGGGUUAGAACCGCACACACACAGUAUAAUCACUUCACUGCAACAUGAGCGCUUUAGGACAGCUGAAAUGUUUUGAGAAAAAGUCAUGAUAAUAUGAGAAAAAGGUUGAGUUUAAGUAGUUUAAAUAUUACAGGAGUAAAAUCAUGAUAAAAUAUUAAUUCAUAUCAUUAGCAGAUACUGUUUCACAAAACAUUGGGAAUGUUAUGAGAAAUGAAAAGUUAAUAUUUGAACCUAAAAUGUAUGACAAGAAAAAGAAGCAUUGAAAGAAUUAAAUUGAACUAUUGGCCCUGCGAUUGACCGGCGACCAGUCCAGGGUGAACCCCGCCUCUCGCCCGUAGUCAGCUGGGAUAGGCUCCAGCUCCCCCGCGACCCUGACGGAUAAGCGGUAUAGAAAAUGGAUGGAUGGAUGGAAAUUGAACAAUUUUGCAGUCAAUAUAAGUCAGAAAUGAGAACUAUUUUCGUCAUCAUUAUGAAUAUUAUUAUUAGUGUUAUUAUUGAGUGGGCAUCUUUGUGCUUAAGAUUCCAAUUCAAAUUUUGGGACUGUAAUUAUUUUCUUGCACUUUUGAACCGAGUCCAUAUGUUCUGCAGUGGACAUUUCAAAUGAAAGCUUGACUGGUGCCAGUGUGUGACGCUAACAGUUAAAGAGACAUUAACUCAUCAUUAAGUCUUUGAUCAACAGGAACCAUAACAGCACUUUCCACGCCUGCACGUGUCAGCUGUCAUGGCUGACGUGAGUCUGAUCAAACCUGUUCGUAGAGUCAUAUGUGCAUGGGAAAAAAAUAUUCUGACUAGCUGAGGUAUUUCAGAUUUUUUUUUGUUUGUUUUUUUGUUUUUUAGAAGAACUGAUCAGAAUUAAGAAUGAGAUUUUUAAUGUUGGUGCCGAACAAGUGAUUAAUAAUGAGGGAUAAGACAUCAAAGACUUGACACACAGGAAAUUAUAAAGCAACAACUUCCAGCGGAUGAACUGAAUGUACAUAAACGUUGCACACGACACACUUAUGUUGUGUUCACAUCAUAUCAAGUUGGUGACGAAGCUCCUGACUGGAGGAAAGUGUUCGCAUCAGCUCUCCAGGCUUCCUGUUGGACCCGAGCGACUGAUGCUGCACUGGCAGACGAAAGCGCGACACGAGUACGACAUCAUGCACACUUACAGACGUUAUAUUCAGCCUUACUGCAAGCAGAUCUGCCACUUCCUGCUUUGGCUGUGCAUCCUGAAGCUUCACACAGCAGAACAGCUUUUAACAUACAGUUUACAUUUCAGCAUCAGUAUUUUUGUUCUACCUGAUCCCACAGCUGACAUUUCUUUUAAAUGUUGCAUUUUGUUGAGCCUGAGUCCUCCUCCACUGUAGUUUACAGCUAAAACAACGUGGGUCUUUUAAAGAGCCAAGCAAUACAGAGUUCAGCCUCGUGCGAGAACACUUGAACUUUUCUGCCGUUGUCUUUAUGAUUUGAUCAUACAAGUCUGCACCGGCGUGUCAUAAAUAAUCAUGUAGCAGCUCGUUUCCGAGGUCUGAUCAUGAGCAUAAUCAGUGCUAGUAAUUUGCGACAUAAUGCUUCCUGUUGUGCUCCAUUUGAUUCAAGUUUCGGUGACGUUUUUAAGGGACAUUUAAACUACGUAGUUGCUCAUGUUCCACUCACUUGUCUGUUACUUGAAGAGUAACCUCAGUAUUUUUCAGCCUGGAUCCUGUUUUCCCAUGCGUUUGUGUCGAAGGAAGACGAUAGUUUUGUCACAAGUCCAGUAUUGAAGCAGCUUCUGUGAUGUCCGCCCUCACAGUGUUUCCACAUCUAACUCAGUAAAGUGUUUAUUUCUAUCAGUGCAGAGUGAAUGAUUGUUGGAACAGUUGAAAGCAUUAAUCAGGGUGCUUUUAGUGAGUUUUGUUGUUGUUUCUAUGUUGAGUUUGAAUGAAGUUUGUUUUACAAACAGGAAGUGACUCUUUGUGCAGACUGAGUCUGGUAUCUGGUCAGAGCGUCCUGGUGGCUCUUUCUUGUUAAACAAUAAUAAUCAUAUUCUUUAACAAAGGGAUCUGUCUCUGUAGGAUUCUUUCAGUAACGUCUGUUAUUAUCACAGUCUGAUCCUGUUUGUGGCAAAAACAGGCUCUGUUAUUAGACAACGUGGACAGCGUGCACUUCCUCAGGAUUACAUUGCAGCUUGUUUUGUGGCUGCCAGCUGCAGCGCUCUCACUCAUUACUGGGCCAAUUUCAUUUCAAAAACAUGUGAAGUCAAGUCAGUUUUACGCAUAGAGCCCAAAUGCAUACAUAGACUCUAUACAUAGAGUCUAUGACUUUACAGUCUGUACAAAUUUCCAGCUUCCAACUGAAAACUGUAAGAAACCUCAGGUGGAGCCACAGAGGAGGGAGCCCUCUGCCAGGGCAAAAUCAUGAAUUACAUAGAUCAUUCCAACAUUUCUAUUCCUCGUAGAUUAUAAAAUAUAUGUGAAGAAUGAGCAUCAGGGAGGACAAAUCCCCAUAGUGACCUGAACAGGACAGGCCUCACAAAGAAGAUUUUAACCAGAAUAUAUACACAAUUAAUGACAAAAACACAGGGUCCUGAAUCCAUCUGUGCGCUGUGCUUUCCUUUCUGUGUAGCAUGUUUGUGAAAUCCUCAGUAACUCUGAUUUCAGGUGUUUCAUUGUUUUUCUCACUGCUGAAUGGAUGGACUGUUGGAAUAUUUCUAAAUAACACAAACAUCAAAACUGCGCUUGAACAAUUUGGCUGUUCAGAUGAAAGACAUGACUCAGCAUCACAAUCUUUUUUUUUUUUAACGUGAGAGUUUUAUAUUUUCAAGACCUGUUUUGUGUGUGUGUGUGUGCGUUUCUGAUUUUGGCUGCAUUUCCGUUGAAAUACAACAGAAUAUAAGCAGUCAGAGACAAAACCGUUUUGUCACAGCUUAUUUAGUUUUCAUGGAGAUGCUGCUCCAUGUGGAAUAUUUUCAAAUGUGGGUUGAACUGCAGCAGCACUGCUUCAUAGAGGUGUGUAUAAGUAUAUUUUCUAGUGCAUUUUAUGGAAUAAAUUUGUUAUAAAUCCCAAA